UUGAGGAUAUAGCCUUUAUACUCACAGAAUGGCUGGUCCAGACCGCGUUGAGCGUAAGGCCACACAGAUCCAGGCUUCAACGGCCAUGCGAUGCUUGUCGUAAGGCGAAGCAGGCUUGCGUGGUACCCGUUCAAGAGAAUCCGUGCAUACGGUGCACGGAUCGGAACUCUUUGUGCACGUUCCGUCUACCAUCUUCCAACCGGCAUCGCAGAGCACGUCCGCAACAAUUCGCAAAUACCGGAAGUGCCGGGAACCCACGUCUCACGAGGAUCAUCUGUAUUCGCUGUGCACCAACGAUCCCAUGAUGCAGACUCAGACGUGAGCGCUGAGCAUGCAGCCUCUGCGUGUCCCGCGCGUAUGGAAAGCCGGAUAUCUCACCAGUAUCACCACGUCGGAUCUUCUGCACUAUCCCAGAUUCAUCUGGCGGCGAGUGAUAGCGGAUCGCAACUACAACAAAUCUCGUUGGAUUCCUCGAAACCUGUAUUCUUCGCUUGGACACCAGAGUUCUUUGCAAAGUCACCAACAGUAAGGGGUGUUUCUACGUUUCAGAACAUCAACAAUAUGUUGGAGGCGCGAGAGACCGGUCUUGCUCAAAAGCUGUACGAGAUCUACCUAGAGAGGACCUGUCCGACCAUUCAAAUCGUGAAUAGCGCCCAGCUUGUACAAGCGACCGAAGUCACUCAGAAAGACGACGAGCAGCAACCGUUUGUCAUCCUUAGUGGCAUCCUCGCCCAUUCUCUGGGCUACACGCGACGUCAUCGAGACCUUCAUACCUCCAUCUGGGUCGCCAUACAAGAUCUGCUCGAUGUGGAAUAUCGACGACCGACGAUCAGUACAUUGCAGCUGGCAUUGCUCAAUUUGACUUCGCGGCCGAGUCGCAAUGUUGGCGGAAACGCUAUCGAGAUGGCUAGGCUUAUCGGUGCAUCGCAAUUGUUGGGAUUACAUAUGGAUAGCAGUGCAUGGAAUCUUCCUGAAGAAGAGCAGAAACUUAGGGAUCGAAUAUGGUGGACAAUAGUCAUUGAGGAUAUCUUUCGUGCCAUAUUAUACGGUCGUUCCAGCCAUCUGGCGUCAUCUUCCUGGACGACGAAAGUUCCGAAAUUUAUGCCAACCGGAUUCGAAUCGCAAUCGCUUGUGGACAGCCAGGAUGCUUUCACUGCGACCUGCGGGAUGGCGAUGGUUGCUCGGCAUAUCUAUGAAGAUUUUUACGCUCCCAAACCUACCUAUGACAUCUCAUGUUGCAACCGUCACCUUCGCCCAGCGGUAAUUAGACGGAUGGAGACUCUACAGGUCGAGCUGGACGAGGUCCAUGACAGCUGGAACGCUCGUCUGCGGAGCUACGAUCGACAGAUAAUACCUUGCUCGGGAACUGGACUUCGAGCAUCCCAAUUGGCGUAUCUUGGCCUGCGUGUGAAUUUAUCUCAAAUUCGAUUAGACACCUAUAGAGAAAAUCUGCCAGCUUCCGUCGUAGAAGCGGCCACGUCUGCUUGUGAAGCGGUUGUACUUCUUCUGGAAACGAUCACUGAGGAGGAGACCGAGAUGUUUUGGCCACCAUAUGCCCAUUGUCAUAUCGUCAACGCAGCGGCUACCCUGCUGAGAUGUGCCAUGCAUCUUCAAGACCGUUCCCCAGGAGAUCCGAUGGUCAGCGGCGUGCCUGAUCACAUCUCUCGACACUAUAAUCUUGCCUCGCGCUUGUCUGGGACGCUGCGUAUCAAACUAAGUUAUGGCUGGGAGGUCGCCGAGUCAUCCGCCGCCAGGAUCAACCGGUUGUACCGCGCCAUUGAAUCGGUCCUUCCGAUCUUUCGCACACUCAAAAUCGAUCUCGGACAAACGAACGAUGUUCCUGCGGAUCUCACGCAUGUCCAUCAGCUCGGCGCUGCUAACCAAGCUGGUCACGCUGGAUCGGUUGUCAACGAUCAUCUGGCACCGACUCCGGAUUACGGUGCGACAAUGGAUGAAACCAUACCUUGGCUUGAAGAAUGGUUGAGCUGGUGGAAUGCAGAUGAGGACGCAAUUGGCCUGGAUUAAACGGAACACACGCGAUCGAGGUAAUUUCAGUAGGCGAUGUUGCGCCUCUAUGGCAUCUCCGAUCACGUUCAAGGUAAUUGCCUCUCGCAAUACCCGAUUCACUUUAACGGCAUGAUCAUGUUUAUUUAUGGAUACAGUAGAUCUGAUGCUUUUCGUUGCUGGCCGCUAUGACCCCAUCGAAUGGUCAAUCUCGCUCUCAACAAUGAGAAUCCGCUUAAG